AUGGCCAACGACACCGUGAACCCCCCGCAAACCUCCCAUGGCGCACCACGACACUCAAGGGCAUCGACCUCGACGUCGCACCGCAGCUAUGGUAGCUACGAGACUGGAGAGUCGAGCACGGCUGCGCGCGGUGCAUCUACGACAAGGGAAUCGACCAUGACCACUUCGCUGCCGCCGGAACCACACGCCGAUGAGAGACCACGCAAGGCAAAAAGGGACGACGGAAGACGUCGAUCGCAUAAACCGCGCCCGACGGGAGGCUUUCUUCUCUCCAACCCGGUGCUGGACGAAUCGCAUUCGCGCACGCAUGGGACCAAGCAGGAUGAUGAGCGCAGGCGGUCGAGGAUACCAACGACCAGUCGACGGGCUAAAAGUCCGUUCGAGGCGACGCCGCCAACGUCAAGCUCCAAGAAUGCUACUUUGCUUGGCCCGACGACAGAGGCCCUAGAUGCUGGAGAGGUUGCAGACGAGAGAAGCCACGGCGACACUGGGCGGCCGAGUUCUGCGUCCAUGAUACCGUCGCCGCGGCCAGAUUCAAGCGCAGAUAUCGACUCUACGCAGAUUGUGAACAUGGCCCUGAAUCUCAGCGAGUCUCGGCGCAUGGCACAGAGGCGGAACGUAUCGAGCCCAAUACCGCCACGUCUGGCUCAGCUUCCCGAUGCUCAUGCCGGCAGUGGUCUGAAGCAGCACCUGCAGCAGCAGAGGCGGACGUCCCGCAACCUAUCUCCCAAGCCGGAUAGAAGCAGCUUCGCACCGCGCAACGUGUCUGUCUCCCAUCAGCGACUGACCAGUCCCCUUCAAACAUCUUUCGACCCCGAUAGCAGCUACACAUAUCAUUUCUCCUCUUCCACCCUGAACCGGGCCCAGAAGGCGAAGGAGCACUUUGGACUCAUGGCCCAGUACAGGCGGCUUUUGCAUCUGAUCCCACCCAUGCAAUACAAGGGCCAGGCGUUAAGCCGUCCUUCCACAUCGAGCCCUCCCACGUCCCCCAUCACAAGCUCAUCAUCCAGCAGACCCCUGAGCGGUGCCCAAGCAACCCUGGGCCGCCCUUACAAUCCUCUCCAAUACAUCCGGAACCGUAAGGUCAGGGCGAGAGAAAGAAAAGCCAUCGAUGGCGAAGCGCAAGGGUUCGCUGAUGUCAACAGAGUGACCGACUGGGUUGAUCAAGCGGCUACUCUGACCGCUACAUCACCACUCUCUCCAGAGUCGUCAGCCAUACCCCCCUUCCCAGGAGCACAUUCAGCCGCGGACCAUGGCGCGUUGUCGAACAAUCUCGUUCAUGUUUCAAGUGGGGGAAAACCCAAGCGGCCAAGGAUUGACUGGAUCAUCGAACCAGCAGAUAUGCUGGCAGAUGUCUACUGGGUUGAACAGGAAGACAACAAGUCAUUGAUCGAAAACCGCCACUACUCGCGCCUAUUUCCCCUCAAGGCCACUGUAACACCCAGACCAAUGUCCCAAGAGAACUACGAGACACUGACAGCGCCGCUUGCGCUGACUCCAGGCUCCGGCAAGGACGCUGAUAGUAGCGACGCAUCUGCGGAAAUGAGGCCAUCAGACUCUAAUGCAGUGUCGCGAACCGAUACCCAGCUGUCCCACACGAGCGCACGAGAUCGUGCUCGUCAGAAGCUCCAUGAGCUUAGGGGCAUGCACCAUCGACACGAUACUUCUACGCAUAGCCAUCACGAUUUCUUACAUUUGCGGAGGAACUCGCUGUCGGACACUUCAGACAGUGACAUUGACCGUCAGAAACGGGAGCGCGGUGGUACAGUGAGUGCCAGCAGCAAAGCCAUUCUUGAGAAGCAAAUGAAGGAGAUGCUGGCAAGGGAGGCUAUCGAGGCACAUAAGGAAACACAGAGUGACGCCAGCGUGGAGAAAGUCAGACCACAGCGUCCAACUUUGGUGACCCCAGAGAGAUCCUCGGAACCCUCAAUCCAUGAUCGUAUUUUCAAGGGCUCGAGAGUAGAAAUCGACGAGGUUGCUGAUGUGACAAAACGUGGCCGUUUUAGGCAAGGCUCUCCAGUACGCUCUGGUCGCACUAGUCUUGAAGUCCCAGGCUGGACUACCAGAGCUUCCAUGGAUUUGGACACCUCAUUACCGCCGUCACCGGAUCUCAAGGCUUUGAGAAGCGGUGGGAACUAUAUGCCAACUAUUGGUAUGGAUCUUUCUCCACCCGGGAGCCGCCCAGGAUCUCCAGUGCGCAAGCCCUUUUCAAAGGUCAAAAAUAUAUUCAGAGAUCGAAGCCGAGAGCGUGGUAAUGAUAGGCCUUACACUGGAAGAGACGAAAGGCUGGAUAGCCCUUCUGAGGAUGUUGAAAAGGUCAUGUUCUCACCUGUAUUGGUCGAAGGGCCUGGCUUCCCAAGGAGACAGCGCUCGAAGAGUCCAAUGCCUCAGAUACCCAGAGUGGAUACCCACAAGUCUCACAAGAGUAUGGGUAGUGUGAAGCUGGGCAAGGAGGAUCAAAUCGGACUGCGCAGUAUCCUUAAAGGAGGCGCCAAGAUCGAUGGCAUUAUCCGGGGCGGCGUUUCGAAGGUUUCCGACCUUCUUUGGAGAAAGGAUCAGGACAGCGAGGCCACGUCGUCCACGACAUCUAGCGACGAUUCUGAUAGUGAGCCGGCUAGAGGCCGGCGUUUGACUCCAGCUGCAACCUCGCGCUCUAACUCCGCGAGGGCGCAAGAGCGCCAGCAGGGUAAAACCUACCUCGACAGGAUGCCUCCAUUCAGACAUAUACCGGGGCCAGAUCAGUCGUUGAUACCAGAGGGCGAGUCUCUUAUAGUCCCUCUCGAACGGCCUUCACAACCCCCCAGCCGCCGCUCAUCACGGUUCGAGAAACUGAAGCCACCGCGCAUUGACGUUCUCAACGCCUCGCCUACCUCCUCGCCUAUCGAUACGCAAAAGCUACGUCAGGCCGACGAUGCCGAGAUCUCAGACUUGGAAUCGCGCUCUCGUGACUCGGGCGUAUCGACUGACGGCGUGCGCCAGUCUUCUUCUCAGCUGAAUGCCAUCCUUUCCCUUCCUGUUCCCUCAAAUCGUUCUCACCACGGCUCCCCGAGCAGGCCUAGGCAUUGGUCCAUAUCUGACCGCUCGCCAUCUCCGCAGCCCCCAGGCCAGCUCUCCAAGCGCGAGGUCGCUCGGCUGCGCGCCGUUGCCCUCUCCUCCGGUAUCAAAGCUAUGGAGAUCGCGCGUCGUGCCGGUGAGCCGCACCGCCUAUCAGGUCCCGAACAUGCAAAGAUCGGCCUGCCUUGGGUCGAGCUGAGCCCAUACACGAGUCCGGACCACGCGCAGCUCGCGGUCCCACAGCUCGAGGUCUACCCGACCAUGGCGAGACUCCUCGCCUCGAACGUCGAGGCCUCGGCGGCAGAACUCGACAAGUCGGCACAUGCGUUUGCCGCCGAGGACAUGCACGUGCUGCGGAGCCGCGUCGACGCGCUCCACGCCCGGGUCGCCACGGACCUGAUCGACAUGACGCGGCGGGCGGCCGACGAGGCCGACGAGUGCAGCCGCGAUGUCGUCGACUCGCAGCGGCUCAAGGUCAAGCGCGUCGUCGACAUCAUCGACAAGAUGCUGCGCCGCCGCCGCCGCCGCUUCCGGUGGGCCCGCCGUGGCGGCUGGCUCAUGGUCGAGUGGGCCCUCGUCGGCUUCAUGUGGUACGUCUGGUUCGUCGUCAUGAUCUUCCGCGUCUUCCUCGGCCUCGGCCGCGGUAUCGUCGGCGGCGUGCGCUGGCUGCUGUGGCUGUGA